GUUAAGACAUCCUUUUCGAUCUGAAUUGCAUAAACCUUGAUUCAGUUCUCUUUUUUUGUGGUUUUUUCUCACAUGGACACCACGAUGAUCAUGGCCGGCAUGCUAGACUCAUGCAAACCCUGCAACAACGACAUGGCCUGCCCUCCCGGCCUGAACGGCACGGCCUCGAUUCAAGACACUCAUCGUCCUCCGUUCAUGGUGUCCUCCGCGGCCACCCUCGACCGCCACCUUGCUCAUCGGCUUGUUCAGAUCGGCGUCGACGACGUGUUCUCUGUCCCCGGUGACUUUAACCUCACUCUUCUCGACCACCUCAUUGCCGAGCCUGGUCUCAACAACGUUGGGUGCUGCAAUGAACUCAACGCUGGAUAUGCCGCCGAUGGCUACGCCAGGGCUCGAGGGGUCGGUGCAUGCGUUGUCACGUUCACUGUGGGCGGCCUUAGCGUUCUCAACGCUAUUGCUGGAGCGUACAGUGAGAAUCUUCCAGUUAUUUGUAUUGUUGGUGGCCCGAAUUCGAACGAUUUUGGGACAAACAGAAUUCUUCACCAUACCAUUGGGUCACCGGAUUUCAGCCAAGAACAGCAAUGCUUCAAGCCUGUUACUUGCUUUCAGGCUGUAGUGACCAACUUGGAAGACGCACACGAACUGAUUGAUGGGGCCAUCUCUACUGCUUUGAAAGAAAGCAAGCCUGUCUACAUCAGCAUCAGCUGCAACUUGGCUGGCAUCCCGCAUCCAACUUUUAGCGGGGAGCCUAUUCCAUUUGCUUUGUCACCCAGAUUGAGUAACAAAAUGGGGCUAGAAGCUGCCGUCGAGGCGACAGCCGCCUUCUUGAACAAGGCAGUCAAGCCAGUCAUGGUGGGUGGGCCGAAACUCCGAGUGGCAAAGGCUUGUGAAGCCUUUGUUGAAUUGGCCGAUGCUUGUGGCUAUGCCAUUUCCGUGAUGCCAUCAGCAAAAGGGCUGGUACCGGAGAACCACCCCCACUUUAUUGGGACAUAUUGGGGUGCAGUAAGCACUGCCUUCUGUGCUGAGAUUGUAGAAUCUGCUGAUGCAUACCUGUUUGCUGGGCCAAUCUUCAACGACUACAGCUCUUGCGGCUACUCCCUCCUCCUCAAGAAGGAGAAAGCAAUCAUUGUGCAGCCUGAUCGUGUAAUUGUUGCCAACGGCCCCACUUUCGGGUGUGUCCUAAUGAAGGACUUCCUUCAGGCACUCUCAAAUAGGCUUAACCCCAACACGACAGCUUAUGAAAACUACCACAGGAUCUAUAUCCCAGAAGGUCUUCCUCUUAAAUGCCAGCCUAAUGAGCCUUUGAGGGUUAAUAUUCUGUUUCAGCAUAUACAGAAAAUGCUCUCAAGCGACACUAGUGUAAUUUCUGAGACGGGAGAUUCCUGGUUUAAUUGCCAGAAACUAAAACUACCAGAAGGAUGUGGGUAUGAAUUCCAGAUGCAGUAUGGUUCAAUCGGGUGGUCUGUUGGUGCAACGCUCGGUUAUGCUCAAUCAGUACCAAAUAAACGUGUCAUUGCUUGCAUUGGUGAUGGGAGCUUCCAGAUGACCGGACAAGAGGUCUCAACAAUGAUAAAAUGUGGCCAAAAGAGCAUCAUCUUCUUAAUAAACAAUGGUGGAUACACCAUAGAAGUCGAGAUCCAUGAUGGACCUUACAACGUGAUCAAGAACUGGAACUACACUGGAUUAGUGGAUGCAAUACAUAAUGGGAAUGGAAACUGCUGGACAAAAAAGGUUUAUUGCGAAGAGGAGCUUAUCGAAGCAAUUGAAACAGCUUCAGGGAAGAAAGACUGCUUCUGCUUCAUAGAAGUGAUUGUGCACAAAGAUGAUACCAGCAAAGAGUUGCUGGAAUGAGGGUCCAGGGUCAGUGCAGCCAAUAGCCGCCCACCAAAUCCUUAAUGAGAAAUUAAACAAUCUAAAUAAAAAAACUGCUGAUCCAAGCUACCUAUGCUUUGAUAUGUUCCAAUAUAAUCGAUGUGGGAUCUUUGUUUA